CACAGUUGGUGAACUACCUCUAUUUGGUCAAGGACUAUGUUGUAAAAAAAAUCUUUCAAACUCUUAAUUUUCUGUGGUUCUUUGCUUCUCCUGGAGGUCUGCUCGGUGUUGUGGGGGACCGUGUGACCGCCUCUCCCCGGGGACUGUGUGGCCGGCCCGGGGUUGACUGUUUCGGGCAGCUGCUUAGCGGUUUUGUGAUCUCUUGACUGGAGGGGUUUUUUCUUCUUACUGCAAACCAAGUUAGCUCAACAGCUAAUCCUAAAAGUCACGUCACCUGUGCGGACCCGAAUAAAAAGUUUCGCCGUAGAUCCGGGACCAGCCGGGUGAGUUUUAACUAUCUGCCCUCACAAAACUUUGUCCGGAGUGUUUUUGCGCGGGGUUCGUGUUUUAUCUCGCUUUAACGCAGCCAUUAAAUUUGCGUUGGCAGACAGCAGCAAGUGGAGCGGAGCUGCGGGUCAUAAAUGACGGUAAGACCCGCAGUCACACACGGAUACGGUGUUUUUCUGAGGGAAAUGCGGUAGAGAGAAGCCAGCGUCGGUGUUCAGCCCGCUGACUUGGCGGCUCUGGGUUUGCUGCUCGUGAGGCCUGCGGGUCGGGCUUCCACCGGGCUCGAGUAAAGCUCCACGCCGCCGUCGAGAGGUCGAAGGCCGGCAGUUGGCGCUGCCACCGCCGGGCCUGCGGACCGAAGUAUGGAACGGAUGGAAGUGGAUCAGUGCGCAGGCGCAGGAGGCGGGGCACUCCGUAGGUCAAACAGCGCCCCCAUGAUCACCAGUGUCAGCGAUGGGAUGACAGUCUUCAGUCCCGUGUCCUUGGCUCGGUACAGGCGCAGCAGUGUGUCCAUCAACCCCAGCUGCCCUUCACAGCUGGUCCCUCUCUCCCCCUUCUCUCUGACCGGAGACAGACUCGACCAGAAGAGGCAGUGGUUCCACUCACAGGACAGCGGCGUCACGCCCAACUCCUCCCCAAGUCCCACCAGGAGGUUCAGACCAGCAGUCAGUGCCUCGGUGAGAUGGCCUGCGUUAACUCCACUCAAGAGGAAAGGAGGGGUGGAGUGUGAUGGACCCCCGAAGAAGCUCUUUGUUGCUGGGGUAACAGAUCCCGCCCACCGCAGCAGCUACACAGUCAGCGUCUCACAGUCAGCGGCAGAUUCUCCUCCCGCAGGAGGCGUCAGUCUUCAGCCCAGCACUCUGUCUCUCUCCCCUCCCCCUUCCUUCACCUCCUUCACCUCCCACCAGCAACCCGGACACUAAAUCCCACCUCUCCCCCUCUUCCUCACAACGAGUCCCGACCCUGUCACUGUGGGCGCCGGGCCACCAGCAGCGCUAAAAACCUCGAAGAACAUAGACGCAAUCACAUCUUAUUUCUGUUCUAAUCAUCACUUUAAGUCUCGUUUGUUUCUGUAACCGCAUUGGACGAAAGAAUUGCAAGACAUGAAGACCUGAAGACUGAAGCGUAUCCAAAAGUGAAAUUCUUUCUAUUCAGCUUUUCUGCUCUUUAGGGUUAUUGUCACGUGUCGGAUCCCCGGUUUCAGACAGAAACCUUUCUUAUCUGCUCACCGACAGUCUUAUUAUUGGGUUCAACCAACUCGGCCUAUUAACAAUCAAUCAGAAUCCAUGUCGGCUGCGUCACAUUCAUGGACCUGCAUGGCCUAUAAGGAGGGGUUCAUCCUAUGACUUGACAGCUCAUAGAAUGAACCUAAUCCCCGCCCCAACCCUUAAAAUUGGUUUACAGAGGAUUCAUCAUCAGCAUCAUCGCAAGAUCACGAAAAACGCGAGGACACACUGGUUGUGUCGUCGGGCAUAAGGCUGGAAUUAUAUGUCCGUGCACAUAAACAUCUGUGUGGACUUACAGAGAACGGUGUUCUGGGUAACUGAAGCUAGCAGGUGAGCAGCAGGUAAACCUCCCAAAUCUCAGUGUGUCUUGCAGACCUGAGCAUCCAAAUAGCUGGCUGAUAACGGAGAGGAAUGAAUUGGCAUAAUUCUUGUGCAGGUCGUUCUGAUGCAGCGUACGAGCAUAGAAGCACAGAAAUGUCUCUAAAACAACUCGUCUGCAGCCCAGAGAAGCCUGAAGACUGCCUCGUUCCACGGCUGUGUUUCAUGGAGAAGGUGGCACGUGAUGAACUGUUCUGCCAAUUUGUGUUCAGCGGACGUCGAAGGAGUCUACAAUGGCACACAGCUCAUUUAGUUGCUUUUUGGAUGGAUAAAUUCUUUGGGCUGCAGGUCCAUCAUCAAUCUCCAUCAUCAUCCAAUGCUGUUUAUGGCCUCUGACCAAUAAUUUGGAGGUUCUGAAGAAGUUCUAAUAAGGUCUUGAGUUGUAAUCGAAGACACAAUCUUCUCUCUAAAGGAGUCAAGGCGCUUCGGGAACAUCUGGUUCCACCCUCAGUGAUCCAAGUCGACACCGACUCCGAACUAAACCAAACAGAGAAACUGAAGGUGGAGAAAUUUUCUGAUUUAUUUAGACACAGAAGUCGGGAGCGUUCAUGACCGAUGGAUCUGUAAAGCACAUCUGGACUCUGCUGGCACUUAAUCAAAUCAGUGAACCAGGGUUACGCACUUCUUGUGCAUCAUAUAAUUUCCAACAUACUUAGAAUAUAUUUAGAACAUCAGCUAAAGAUGAUGAAUUUUGCAUCUUUAGUAAAUACAUAAAAACCUGUAAAACAAUCCAAACCCAAAAGCCCUGUGAAGAGGGUGUAACUUUAAUUAGUUAAAUAUUUUUUAAUUGUCGAGCAAUUUUGAGUCCAAACCAGCUCAACCUGACAAACAAUGAAAUUAAGCCACUGAACAAAGUUGAAGUCAUUGACGCCUAAGAUUUUUGUGUUUUAAUGAGAAGGUGUAGUUGUCUGUUACGUCAGAGUCACCACGACUGAAGCCUCGACAGUUUGUUAAACUUUGAACGGAAGUGUGAAGAACUUGUGGUCUUUAGCACCACCUGUUUGUUAAUAGUGUAUCUAUAUGUGAAUAUUGACAGUCGGAGCAGCUGAUAUGUGCUCAGUUUUCUUCAGCCUGCGGGCUUUGAUUGUACAUAUUGAAUCUGCAGGAAGCUCUUCCCUCCUGAAGGUGCAUUUAUACUUUUACAUUUUCCCAGUGAGUUUUUUCUCUGGCCGACUGUAGUCUUUUUUUGCUUGAAGUCAGCCACAUGAACGUCAUCUGGUUUGUUAAACACACAGUUUGAUUGUGGUAGAAAUCCCCAUAAAACGUGACAGAACCUUUCUGACAUAUCUAUUACAUUUGUUUUGGAAAAAGUUUUCAGACAAACGUGUUUUAUACAAGAGUUACAACAGUUGAUAUUUUACGACCAGGACUGACAGCUUUUUUAUUCUUUCUUUUCUAAACUUCAAAAAAAUCUCCUUAAUUUAAGAAUUCACCAGUAAAUGGUAAUAGUAGGGCUGGGCAGUAAUUCAAAAUGAUCAUUUAUUGAAUUUUAUGAUAUGACAUUUGAGAGCUUAAGUCCCUCGAUUCCACCCCAUGGGACCUUAAUUCGGAAAAAAAUUUAAAUUUUUUAAUAAUAUGAUAAAAAAAAAAUUAUCCUGUUUGAACUGUACCCUGAAUUACAAACGUGUUGUUUGUCAAUUUAAAAGAUAAUUUAAGUCCAGGAAGUCGCAUUUUGUUGUAAAACUGUUUAAGUAUAAGACUUAAAAUACAUAAUUACAAAGACCAUAAACCCAAAAGUCGUGUAGGUGACGUCAUAACUGUUUCUCUCAAUGACUGAAGCUAACGUCACUGAAGCUAACGUCACUGAACUUUAUCACAUCUACAGAAGUAACAAUAUACACUUUGUAGAGUGACUUUAUCGCACGAGUUAUGAAAGAUGACUGAAGUCAAGAAAGUAACAGUUUGUCAUAAAACUGUAAAGUAACAUUUAGUUUUCUGUGAAACUUGCUUGCUACUAGCUAGGUAACUUAGCUAUGUUCCACACACAGCUGUAUCUCACACGAUGCGUUCAAUCCAACAACUCCUGGUCCUUUCAUCACAUCAUCUAUACAUGGAACUUCUUUGACGUUAGCGUCAUUAACUUUAGCUGAUGCCACGUUAGCUUCAGUGACGUUAGCUUCAAAGUCAUGGCGUCACACAUGUAUCUUUUGGGUUUGUGGUUUCUAAUUCAAAAUUUUUAUAUUAGAUUUACUACAUUGACUUGCAAACUUGUCUUUUAAACUAUCAAAUAUCGUGUGUGUAAUUCAGGGCACAAUUCAAACGGGAUAAAAACGUUAGUUAUCUCUCUCACCAAAAAAUAUGUACGCAAGUCAACGUAACGUACAUUCGGUCCCGUGGUGGUCCACGGAGGAGGGGGGGAUAUAGGCUUUCUAUGAAGUUGUGUUAUUGUUUUGAUCUGCACAUAUUUGCUGCUAUCAGAAAAUAUCUGUAUAAAUAUUGAGUGUCAUACUAAUGUCAACCAUAUUGCCCAGCCCUAGGUGGUUCUGUCUAACUUUUAAUAGUUUCAUAAAAAUCUAUGGAGGCCCGAAAAGGACAUGAUCAACUUUCUGGCUCACAUCCGACUAGAGGUUGUUAGUCUCCAGGUUCAACAUAAUCCAUUCUUCAGAAAUAUCACUUUAAUAAGCAGCAAUGUGGAUUUUGAUCCCGUUCUCAUCUCAGGGCGUCCAAUACCGACGUUUUCAGAAAAAGUGACAAAGCGUAGUUAUUUGACGCUAAAGGUACCCUUCAGCGUCUUAUUGAGACGCUCCGGGUCGUCUGUACGAGCUAGCUAGCUAGCUAACUACGUUUGUGUUAAAGGUGUUGACAGCCCCCCAAAGCCCCCUUAUCCUUACCAUAACCAUCAGGAAUGUUAAUGCCUAAACUUAAGUCACUGACUUUAUGCAUGUCGACCGCCUAACCCUACCUGCUAGCACAUUGCGGUGACAUAGCAAACGGUGGCGUUUCAUACGGACGCUGAAGGAUACCUUUAGCGUAAAAUAAUUAUGCUUUGUCACGCUGUCUGAAAGCGUCGGUAAUGACAGACUGAGAUGAGAACGCGUUGGGAUUUUUGUCUUUCUCGAAAACUAUAGUAAUGGUUUGAGUGCACAAAACUGACUUCGCAGAGUCACAGAUGCACGUAGGAGAGGCGGCGAUGACAAGAGGGCGCCAUUUUCAGAAAUGAGCUGCAGUUCUGCUUCCAGCUUUUGCACUUUCACAGUAUUGUACAGUUUUGUAUUAUCACUCAUCAUUGUGCCUAAACAUGUCGUCAUAUUUUGGAGGCGCGAUGGUCAGGUCUCGAUUUAAGCAUCAGUCUGAGAGAUUUUACUUCCCACGCUGACAGGAAGCACUUUUUUUUUUGAAGAACGACCUUUUUUAAUCACCUGACCUGUCACCUGUGAGAUAUGUUUGUAUAUAGAGUCUCUAUAAGCUGUUUUUAUAGAAGUGUCUUUAACCCCCACGCCCCCCAGAAAACUAAUGAUUGGAUGUGAAUGGAGUAUGGUCGCUGCUCCAACACUGCGGCGUUCAGUUACAGAUUUGAGAUUGUAUUUUUCCUUUGUCACGAAUUUGCACAGUUCUAGUUCCUCUUCAUUACAGUUACAUGAUCAGUAAGACGUCGUCAUGUAAGAAAUGCUGUUAAGUUUUUCUGCUUUCUUUCUGUUUUUCUUGCUGUAUUGACUUGUUGCCGUCUCUCUGAGUCUAUCCUGUUUCGGAGGGUUUUGGGGUGAAAAUCAAAACUUUAAAAUCUCCAAUAACGACACAAAGCUUCUUUCAGAUGGAGGUUUAUUGCAUGUUUUUUUGAGUGACCAGAUCAUUUGUACAUUAUGAGCACAGUAUCAUCUGAAAUGUUUAGAUACUGGUGCCAACAGGAGUUUUGAUAUCAAUGCCAGAACAAUUUUUUGAUACCUGUUAAGGAGAAAAAUACAUUUUUAUUGUUUCUUUUUUUUUUUUUACUAAACCCUUUUUUUCAAUUUACAAAGGAAGCCGAAAGUUGUCAAAAGUUUAAAUAGUCUAAAUACAAGCAGCCAUAACAUGUAUUUAUCUCCAACAUCAAGUCAAUCAGAUUAUGAAUCUGACCGGACGUUUAUAAUCUUGAUAGUUUUCAGUAUUCAGUGUUACAGACACGUUUAAACCAAUGUUUAAAGCCACGUUUACGUUAUAUUGAAUUCAUUUUUAACGUGCUUCCUUUGGAAAUGUAUAUAUCUGAUACAACUUUUUAUGAUUUGGCGCUAUAUGAAUAAAUUCUAAUUGAAUAUUGACAAGUGAUCAAAAUUAAAAUAUUACCAUGAGGUACUUAAUUUAUAGGAUUUUGACCACACUAAUAACUACUCGACCCCUUUAUUCAGCUUAUAUCUCACUUUGAACAACAUUGAGAAUCUCCAAUGAAGAAUUAGUUUUAUCUUUUUCGUAUCUGCACAAAAAACUUAAUGUUGUAUUUUUAGAAGCUGGAAAACAUGCAGAGAGAGAUUAAACCCCACAAGUACCAUUUGUGUCCAGACUCUGUCACGAAGCAGGAUAGACUUUUCUCAGAGGUAACAACACGCUGCCAAAUCCACAUAGCUGUACGGACACAAACUGUAGCUUUAAGACAAUUUUCCGUUUAUUAUUUUUAACGUUGCACACUCACCAUCACAAAAAGUUGGUAGGUGUGAAGAGACAAACAGUUGUUAUGUAGCUGAAAAUGUGAUGUGGACUCCGGUGAUCGGUAACGUUCUGCGUCAGAGAAUGUUUUUUUUUUUAAGCCAAAAAUUCUUCCUCAGCAGUUUUGUAACAAAAAUGGACACUAGCUGAAAUAUUAAGGACAGUAUUGAUCAGUGUGUUUGAUGUCCUUACUGGAUUUCCCUCUUUUGGUUUUCUUGUCCUUUAAAUGUUAGAAGUGUCUCGUCGUGCCGCAUAUUCCCACACAGUGUCUCACGGCCAAGUCCAGUUUCCUUUUCUUUUAAUUUAACGUACACUUCCAGCGUGAUUGGAGAAUUUCCUUCUCCUCCAUCCCCUCGCAUCUCUUUAAGCCAUAUGUGCGAGUUUUCCUUUGUUUCUUUAGAUUAAAGAUCUCUUACUUAACAUUUACCGGUAGGGACAUUUUUAAAUGAAAUAUUAAACCUGUCGGCGCCCCCUGGAGGACAAAGUGUGAAACAUGCCAUUUUCAGGCAUUUCAAAAUGUCCCCUUAACAGAUUUAAGGAUUAAUCCAACUAAUCAUUAGUGGCGGGGCUAAAUAAGAUAAAAUCAGAUGAUGAUAUCUGGAACAUGUAUAUAACAUCUGUAUCCGUUGGGCUUUAGUAAUAGCAUUUCAAAUCUGCUGAAAACUGCUUUAAAAGAAUUACAAAAAAAUCCUCAACUCACGCUGGAAAUGUAUUUUUAUUACAUCCUUCAACAGAUUUGGGCCUGUUGACGCUUUCUGCUAAACGACAACUUCACCCCAAAAAUAUAAUCCUUUCAGGAAUUUCAGUGGCCUGUUUAAUUUUGAGGACUGAAGAUUAUACAAGUUUGUUUUAUUUUACGCUUUACCUUUUUGUUUUUUUUCACAUGAUGCCAGCCAUAAUUAUUCUGAGUGUUUCUGUUUGUAGUGACGGAGACAGAAAUUUGAGCGAGUUCAGUAUUAAAGCGAUAUUUCACUCUGAGCAACAUGCAGCCGUUUCUCAGCACAAACAGUCAAAACGCCCAAACUGACCCUUCCUGUGAACCAUAGUUCCCCUGCAUCACAUGGUUUAGUUCAACAAUUUUAUUUUUACGGAAGGCCAGAGAGGACCAGGACUGAAAGUCCAGUUUGUAACCAUUUCCAGUGCUUUCAACUGCAUCUUACAGUCUUCAUCAGCCGUGUUCGUGAGACCAGACUUUCACACUGAAGUCACAUGGUCACAGGAUACGAGCGAAGAAAGUUACCCUCGUCUCUGGCGUGAGCAAAGUUACGUACGGUACGUCGGCCAUGUGAUGACAACUGAUCUCCAUCUGGUCGUUAAAGGAUCAUUUCUGGGUUUUUAUGUCAUGAGAGUUCAGAGUGAGAACUGUCCUUGAGCGAGACUCAAGUUUCUCAGUUUGAAGCUGCCAGCUGAAGCCAUCACUGCCAUUCAAAAGUUUUUGUACCCACUAGUCAUUUCCACACCAAAGUAUGUGGAAACAGCGUUUAAAGACACAGAAAGUGUCUGUAAAGAGUUGAGAUAUGGUUGAAAGCUCCGGGGGGAAAAAUGCUUAAAAUGUUAAGUCAGAGAUGAACGUUGAUGCUCAAAAACAUUUUGACCCCCCCCCCCCCCCCCAAAAAACUUUCAAUGAUUCGAUUCAAUGUAAAAUUUUACUUUUGCACAAAAUCUGUUCAAUUCUAUUUUUUAUUAACCAAUUAAAGUAUCUGUUUCAGGAGGUCUUAAUAACGUUGUAACGUUUCAACCGUCAGGAUCACUGAAAACCCAGAAAACUAAAAAGAGACAAUAACUACAUGUAGUCUGGCUGUGGAGCUUGAAACGCGCCAUAUUUGUUAAACUCCUAAGAAUUGAAAUUUAUAAUUACACCAAAAAAAAAAGUGAGAAAAGUUCUUUAUGCUAAGCUCCGCUAAACCCAGAUAGCGGUUUCUAACUUCUCAUCUGACAAGUGAAAACUUUUGCGUUAAAGUUAAAAUGUGUGAUAUUCAUAUGUUUUUAAACUUUUUUGCGUUGGCUUCAUCUGCCCCAAUAAGUAUUUUUAGUUUUUAGAUGACAACUUUAAGCGCUUUAAAUGAAUGUUUGUUAAACAACAAUCCACAUUUUUUCCUUAAAAAAAGGAGAAAAUAAUUAAAAUCCUUCGACCUGACGUGUAAACCGAAAAAUCUAUAAUUAUUAAUAAUAAAACAAAGCAACACCAGCAGGUUUAUUUUCAGGGUCAAAACGUUAAAGUGCUGAGAAACGACGCUGAUGUGCCCGAGUGGGAUACGACUUUAAAAAAAAGGGCUGCUAGAGUUUUAUCGGAGAUGUUAAAGGGAACUAAAAGCACAUCUACAAAAACAUUCAGUAUUUUCAAACUGUAAAUACUUUUCUUUUCAGUUUCUCUACACGAGACAAAUGAGAUGAUGUAUUUUUAUGCAACUGUAAAAUAGAAGUCUAUAUUCACGUGUUCGUUCCCUCCUGAUGACCUCACGGCGGUGAAAGUGACGCAGAGUGGAAACGAUUCAUCUACACACUAUAAAUAUAUAUUAUAUUGUAAAUGAAAACUAUCAAUAAAAGAAAAGCUGUAACAUAAAA